AUGGGACCAGCCAAUAAAUCUCAAACAUCUCCAGACACCUUCUUGCUGAUGGGCAUCCCAGGACUAGAGCACCUGCAUGUCUGGAUUGGGAUUCCCUUCUGCUCCAUGUACAUGGUGGCUGUGGUGGGGAAUGUGACCAUCCUGGCCGUGGUGAGGGCAGAGCGAAGUCUCCAUGAGCCGAUGUUCCUCUUUCUGUGCAUGCUCUCCAUCACUGACCUGGUCCUCUCCACAUCUACACUGCCUCGCAUGCUCUGUCUCUUCUGGCUCGGAGCCCAUGACAUUUCCUUUGAUGCUUGUCUGGCUCAAAUGUUCUUUAUUCAUAGCUUUACUGCUAUGGAAUCAGGCUUUUUCCUGGCCAUGGCCAUUGACCGUUAUGUGGCCAUUUGUCAUCCACUGCACCAUACCACAAUUCUCACCCAUGCUCGCAUUGCCAAAAUGGGAACUUCUGUGGUACUCCGAGGAGUGGCCUUCUUUUCCCCACAUCCCAUCCUGCUCAGGCAGCUGCCCUACUGCAGGACUAGAAUCAUUGCCCACACCUACUGUGAGUUCAUGGCCGUGGUGAAGCUGGCAUGUGUGGACACAGGAGCUACCAAACGUUACAGCCUCAGUGUGGCCUCUGUCAUUGGUUCCUGUGAUGGCUUUUUCAUCGCUGUCUCUUAUGUCCUAAUCCUCCGUGCAGUCUUUCACCUUCCAUCACGGGAAGCAAGUUUUAAAGCUCUUGGCACCUGUGGCUCCCAUGUCUGUGUCAUCCUCGUUUUCUACUCCACAGCUGUCUUUACCUUCCUCACUCACCGCUUUGGCCACAAUGUGGCCCCCCAAAUUCAUAUCUUUAUUGCCAAUAUGUACCUUCUGGUACCACCUUUCCUUAACCCCAUUGUUUAUGGUAUUAGAACCAAAAAAAUUCGAGACCAUGUUCUUAGUUCUCUAAAGGUAAAAGUCAAUUGA